UAGUUURCCACACCUUUACCUUUAUAUUAAGAUGACCAAAAAGGAUUUUGACACAACGAUAUCGGUGACUUGAUCCGGAAGCGAUCGGUUUCUCGAGAACAAUUCACGGGAUCACCAUGCAAGGCGAUCAACGAACGUUGCACCUUUGUCUAUUGAAGCGCACAAAAGGCUCCACAAGACCGCAAGAGCGCCAGUCGGGUUUGUCGAACUAUUCGGCGUACGUCGGUGAUCAGGUACCUGCUGCACACGCGACGCAGUCCUCGUGUACAUGGAGGCGGCCACGAUAUGGGCGGAGCUCCAUACACUGGGGUGGGAGAACGAUUGAGGCUCACACCCACAACAUCACUGAGUCUGGUUCAAAUUCGUUGACCUUGUUACCAGAAUCRGUUCGGCGCGACUUCGGUGUACCGAAUUCGAAGUUUUCCUUCAUUUUUAUUCCGAGAUCGGUUUUGAAAAGUAUCAUUUUGAAAAAAAUGUUUACUUAUUUUCAGUUUGAUAUCGUGAUUAAUUUUUGUGAAUAGUUUUAAUUMGUUUAUCGUAUUUUUCUCGUUAUUUCGAAUUGUGUAACGUGCGGUAACGGCUAGUCGCCGAACGCGCAUUUGUAGUGCGACUCACAACCCGGACUAAUUUUAUUUUUUCCAACUUGAUAUUAACAAAAUACCAAUAAUCAGCAUUCACAAGCAACCGAUUGCUGUAUGAGUAAAGGCCGCGGUAAUGCGGUGUCUGGCAGCCGGAUAUGAGGAACGGCGGCGACGGCGGUGGCGUUGUUGCGGUGGCGUCCAGAUACCGGUGGAGGUACACGUUGACGCUGAUUGUGUGUGUGAUGGCGGCAGUCGGGGUAGAGGGCUGYGGCCCGUUGCGUGGCCCGUCCAAGUUCAGGAACCCUCGGAAGAUGAAACCACUGGUGUUUCAGCAACACGAGCCCAACGUCAGCGAGUACUCCAUCACCGCCAGCGGGCCACCAGAGGGUCGGGUCCAGCGGAACGACUCCAGAUUCAUGGAGCUGGUACCCAACUACAAUGCGGAUAUCGAGUUCAAAGACGACGAGGGCACCGGUGCCGAUCGACUGAUGACCCAGAGGUGUAAAGAAAAGCUCAACACCUURGCCAUCAGUGUGAUGAACUUAUGGCCGAAUGUUCGACUGCGGGUGAUCGACGGUUGGGUGGAUCGAGCCGGCAGCAGCCUGCACAACGAAGGACGGGCGGUAGACAUCACCACGUCAGACAGGGAUAAGUCCAAGUAUGGCAUGUUAGCCCGACUGGCCGUCGAAGCAGGUUUUGAUUGGGUCAACUACAAUCGUCGGUACAUUCACUGCUCUUGUAAAUCAGAGACAAAAAUCAACACGAGGACGAUGGGCUGUUUCCCAGGUGACAGCGUGGUGACGACAGGCGCGGGCGUGAAGAAGCGUAUGAAGGAUCUGCGUGUCGGCGAGUCGGUACUGGCGCUGUCCGACGACGGGCUGCUCCGGCCUAGCGAAGUGCUAUUGUUCCUGGACCGGAGCGUGACGGCGCGGACCGAGUACGUGACGCUGGUGACGGACACGGGCAAGUCGAUAACGGCGACGCCCACGCACCUGGUGCUCCGGUGGGAGAAACCGGAACGGUCGCAGAUCCGACACGCCAACCCGGUGUACGCGAAAAACGUGCGCGUCAACGACACGCUGCUGACGGUGAUCAACGGCGACAGCGGGCAGCUGCRACUGCGUACAGAGCGCGUGGUCGCAGUAAGUCACACCGAGAAGGUCGGACUUUACGCACCACUCACGGUCGACGGCACCGUCGUCGUGGACGACGUCGUGGCGUCGUGCUACGCGGUCAUCGACAGCCAGUGGCUGGCGCACCUGGCGUUCCUGCCUGUCCGCGCGGUGGCCGCCAUCCGGACGUCACUGUACAACCUCGUCUGGCGGCUGGGCCAUCCACUGCACGACGCACCGUCACUGUCGCCAACGAUCGACACAGUACAGCCCGCCGACGGCAUACACUGGUACCCGCGGAUGCUGUACGCCAUAUCCGACUACGCAAUACCAGCCAGUUGGAUGGACACGCACUGAUCGAUCGCGCGCGCUUGAUAAUAAAUUAUAUAUUUUUAUAACUGUUGUGAUUUAUCAUUUUAUCAUUAAUAUUUAUUUUACAUACAUUAUUGAUAUUAUACUACAUUAGAUAUUUUCGUACCAAACCCGUGCGUGGACUUUGAUUUUUUUUUUUUUUUGCUACGUCCACUGUACGUCGUGUACUUAACACUGGUUUGUGACAUUCCGUCUCACGAAAUGAUGUACGACCCAAAAGCAGUCUUCAAACGAAUUGUAUGCCAAAAAUUAUUGAAUUUUUUAUUUUUUAUUUUUCACUUUUGUACAUGUUAUUGUGUGUGUAUAUAUUAUGUAUAUAAUAAUAUUAUAACGUAAGUAUUGUAUAAUUUAUUAACGACAAACUGUUUCUCGUACGUAUAUCUCGAGAUACACACGUAUAUACAUAGGUAGUCACAAUACUAUAUUAUAUGGACAUCACAGAUCGUAUAAUUUAGUAUAUAAUAUUUGGGUAUAUUCUUAUUACUAAAACUGUAUAUUAUAUAUGUGUAGGUACAAGCACUCCUCCGGGUAGGCUCAAACAGGAUGGAAAAUAUUUUGGAACUUAAAGUUUAAACCACUUCCUAUCCAACAACAUAUUUCUUUGAAUGUAUGUCAAAUUUAACUUUUUAUUAAAACUUCGCAGACUUUAAUUCUCCAAAAAAUUGUAGGAUAUCCGUGCGCCUACGUGUAACGUUUCACCCACAGCGUCUCAUAUUGCUUCAACCGAAUAUCACUCUCCGAAUGUUAAUAACGCUUCCGGAUUUAGUCCCUUUUUUAUAUUGUUCUAGUGAUUUUUUUUUUAUCAAAUCAAUUAGAAAACGAUGAUAUAUUAUACCACUGCUAAUUUCUACAAAUAGGUAAUACUAGUAUAUUAAUAAUAAUAUUUAUUGUAAAAUUGUUUCAUUUUUACCUUUUGUACGUUUAGGUAUAGCAUUUACUAUAUAUUAUAUUGUCGUAUAAACGGACGCAUUGUUAUUUAUAUUACACAUUGUAUGUAUAAUGUAUACGUGUAAAUUGUUUUGUAUCAUAUGACUAUUUAUUUUUUUAGCUCCCUCAAUAUCAUAUGUUCGUUCACUAAAUAUUAUAAUUUUUGAUGUAAAAA